CGGCAUUCUUUAACCACCAUGGCCGCUCUUCCCCCAUUCCUCUUUCUUCCUCCUCAAGAUCUCCACUAAAAUUCCAAAAUAUAUUCCCAAGAAGGACAAAAAAAUUCCCAUCCCAUGGAUCCCUCCCCUCCGGCGACCCCAUUCCCGGAUCUCAACCUCAUCCCCUACCCCCUCCCCUUCCCCAAGGUCGAGCCCAAGCUCGAACAGCCCGACCUUGCGGGCUCCUCUCCGUCGGCAGACGACCGCUCCGGGCCCCGGGAACCCCCUCCACCGAACCCUAACCUUAACUUAAGCUCCCUUCUGAGCCCGGAGGUCCACACACCUCUCCAGCAGCUCUCCCCUACCACCGACGAGGACGCCCUCUUCGCCGAGUACUUCCGCCUCGCCCAGCUCUUCCUCUCCUCCUACGCCGCCAAGCGUCCCGUCCGACCCACCAACGACGCCCGCUCCCUCGUCCCGACCCCGCAGGCGGGGCCACCGGCGGCGCCGGCGGCGGAGAGCAACGGGUCCUCCUCCGCCCUCGUCGUCUCCAAGCGCCGCAAGGCCCGGUCGGCCGAGAUGGUCCGCGUCUCCUCCCUCAGCGUCCGCGACCAGAUCUACUUCCGCGAUCUCGUCCGCCGCACCCGCAUCACCUUCGAGUCCCUGCGGGCUCUCCUCAUCCGGGAGGAGGAGAAAGCCGAGAGCUUGGGGCUUCUUGCCAAGAGAACCCGCGCCGACCUCAAGGCGGCAGCGCUGAUGGCCGACCGCGACCUCUGGCUGAACCGGGACAAGAGGAUCAUCGGGGCGAUCCCUGGGAUUAACAUCGGCGACGUCUUCUUCUUCCGGAUGGAGCUCUGCGUGAUCGGGCUCCAUGGGCAGGUGCAGGCCGGGAUCGACUACGUGCCGGCCAGCCGGAGCUCCAGUGGCGAGCCCAUCGCCACGAGCAUUAUCGUGUCUGGUGGCUAUGAGGACGACGACGAUAGCGGGGUUGUGCUUAUCUACACCGGCCACGGCGGCCGGGAAAGAAACCAGCUGAAGCAAUCCAUUAAUCAGAAGCUCGAGGGAGGGAAUCUAGCACUGGAAAGGAGCAUGAAUUAUGGCAUUGAGAUUCGGGUGAUUCGAGGGAUCAAGUCCGACCGGAGCCCCAUCGGAAAGGUGUAUGUCUAUGAUGGGUUGUAUAAGAUUGUGGAGUGCUGGAUGGAUACUGGGAAGUCGGGGUUCGGUGUGUACAAGUACAAGCUGAUAAGAAUGCAAGGGCAGGAGGAGAUGGGCACUGUGGUUCUGAAGUUGGCAGAGGAUUUGAAAGCGCAGCCACUGAGGGUGCGGCCAGCUGGUUACUUGAGCCUUGACAUUUCGAUGGGGAAGGAGAAUUUCCCUGUGUCAUUGUUCAAUGACAUUGAUGAUGAUCAGGACCCUUUGCUGUUUGAGUAUCUUGCUCAUCCCAUUCACCCUGUUGCUGCUUUUCAGGGAAAGCACACUGAUGGAGGAGGCGGGUGUGAAUGUGUGUCGAAUUGCUCGGUUGGUUGCUGUUGUGCAGAGAGGAAUGGAGGUGAGUUUCCUUAUGAUAGAAAUGGGAUGCUUUUGAAAGGGAAGCCGUUGAUAUAUGAGUGUGGCACCAUGUGCCGGUGCCCACCAACUUGUCCUAACCGGGUAAGCCAGAAGGGAUUGCGAAACCGGUUGGAGGUUUUUAGAUCAAGGGAGACAGGGUGGGGAGUUCGGUCACUUGAUUUGAUUCGAGCUGGGGCCUUUAUCUGUGAGUUUAGUGGGAUUGUGCUGAUGAAGCAACAAGCUGAGGUGCUUUCAAUGAAUGGUGACAGUUUGGUGUGCCCUGGCAGAUUUCCAGGAAGGUGGGUGGAAUGGGGAGACAUAUCUGAUGUCUUUCCAGAUUAUGUGCCACCUGACUUUCCUUCUUUAGCUGAUCUGAGCUGUUCAAUAGAUGUCUCAAGAGCAAGGAAUGUUGCUUGCUAUUUGAGCCAUAGCUGUAGCCCCAACGUGUUUGUGCAGUUUGUACUAUACGAUCACUAUAAUGUGUCGUGUCCUCAUCUAAUGAUUUUCGCAAUGGAGAACAUCCCUCCUUUAAGAGAGCUCAGCAUUGACUAUGGUGUGGUGGAUGAAUGGGUGGCAAGGCUAACGAUGUAGUUGAAGAUUUCUUAAAUUUUGAAGUCUGUCAUAAUGGUCUUUUCUGGGAACAUAUUAUCAGAAGCUGCUUUUGUUGGGUAAACAUUCCAUUGGAAAAUUCUCAGACCAAAGAAUAAAUGUAGUGUGAUACAACAUUAUAAUGACCUUCAUUGCAGUUUUGGACGUCUCUUGUUAUGUUUUAUAGACAUAAUGGACUUUUAAAUGAUGGCUGUUAUUUAGCUGUUAUCUUGUUACAGUGGCCAUAUAAUGGGAAUAACGGCCGUGUAUCGAUAUUUUCACUGUUCAUCUGAAUAAAUAAAUAUUUCCAAGUUUAAA